AGUAAAUCGUAAAUAACUUGUCCCUAAUCUGUGGUCCACUCUUCCAUCAAUUUAGUUUUCAAGCUAGUAUUUAUCAACAACUGGCAUGGUAUCAUUACAUAAAGUUCUUCGCUUUGACCAAUUUCCAGAUGUAAAAAUGAAAGUAAAAUCGUGCAUUGAUUUCAACAUUGCUAAAUUAGAUACUGAGCAAUUGAUAAAACCUAUUUAACUAGUAUUAAAAAUGGAAACUUUGGAAAUAUAUGGUUUCCAAAAAAGGGUUUUUGAAACUGAUCCAAGUUAUUCUCAAAUACCAGUUAAAGACUAUGAAGAUUUACCAUAUGAUAUAUUUUUUGAAGAAUUCAUGUCAUCAAAUUCUCCGGUUAUAAUUAAAAAUAUAUGUAAUGAAUGGGACUCUUCAAAACAUUGGGUUGAAAAUGAAAAAAUCAAUUAUGAUUAUUUCAUAACUAACUAUGGUGAAUUUGAAGCUCCAGUAGCAGACUGCAACAAAAUUAACUUCAAUGCCCAAUGCAAAUGUGACAUGAAAAUAAAAGAGUACAUGAAAUAUUUAAAAAAAGAAAAUAAAAACCAGGUUCUGUACUUAAAGGACUGGCAUUUGAAAGCAAUACUACAAAAGGAAAAUCUUGCUUAUAAUUUUUACAAAGUCCCUAAAUGUUUUGCUUCUGAUUGGCUGAAUGAAUAUGCUGAAGAUAUGCAAGAAGAUGAUUUUAGAUUUGUUUAUAUUGGACCGAAAGAUUCGUGGACACCAUUACAUGCAGAUGUAUAUUCCUCAUACAGUUGGUCGGUGAAUGUUGUUGGUAGAAAAAAAUGGAUCCUAUUUCCACCAGGAGAAGAAGAAAAACUGAAAGAUCCUCUUGGCAAUUUGCCACUACUUUUCAAUGCAAAAGAUCAUAAAAACAUUAAAUACUUUAAAGUAAUUCAAGAGAAAGGAGAUGCAAUAUUUGUACCUUCUGGAUGGUAUCAUCAAGUUUUUAAUUUAUAUGAUACUAUAUCUGUGAACCACAACUUUAUUAAUUCAUGUAAUAUAGAAAAAGUGUGGGUGGCUCUGCAAAAGAAUUUGGAUGAUGUAGAGAAGGAAAUUGCAGAAUUUAAAGAUAGCCCAGAAUUUGUUAGCCAAUGUCAAGUGAUUUUAAAAUCCUUAUUUGGUAUGGACAUGCAAUUUUUUGUUACUUUUAUUAUCUACAUUGCUAAAAAACGAUUAAAUCAAAUAUAUGGUAAAAAAUUUAUAGUAUUUAAUGACUAUACAUUUGGCAAUAACCAUAUCACAUUAGACUUAAAGAUAAUAUUAAAAAUAUUAAAAUACAUUGGUGACCAUCCUUUAAUUACUAGUAAAAUUUUAAGCAAUGAAUUAAUAUCUCAACACCAUGAUAUAAUAAAAAAAAUAUUUGAAAUAACAAAAGAAGAUAAGAUUUUUUCUAUAGAUUAGACUUUUUUGUAGCAUAAACAAUUCCCUUAUUUAUCAAGUUAUUUAUUUCUGUUUUACUGUAACCUAGUUCUAAUAAAACUUCCAUUGUAUGUUGA